AUGAAGAAUGAGAAGAAGAAGAAGAAGAAGAAGAAGAAGAAGAAGAAGAAGAAGAAGAAGAAGAAGAAGAAGAAGCAGAGAAGAAGAAGAAGAAGAAGAAGAAGAAGAAGAAGAAGAAGAAGAAGAAGAAGAAGAAGAAGAAGAAGAGGAAGAAGAAGAAGAAGAAGAGAAGAAGAAGAAGAAGAAGAAGAGGAAGAAGCUCCCCAGAAUCACAGUGUUUGGCUGUGGCAAUGUCACAACAGCUUAGCAUCAGGCUAAAGUUAAGGGCUAGCGAUAGGCUCCUCUCGGCUCUGACUAAUGCCCUGUGACUGUUGCUUGGCGCUAGCCUGUCCUCCGCUAGGCUAUCAGAUGACCACCUCCGGAGCAGACAGAGAAGGACUGAGGACUAGUAUCUUGAAAAGCGACUAACACAGAAAAACAUUGGAGUUCUUCACCCAAUAGUGACCUCUGUUACUACAGAUUAUGUCAGGGUGGCUUCUUUGCCAAAAAACUGAACCCGUCGCUAGCACUUGCUGAGCUGCAUGAUACAACAUAAGAGACACUAGCUAGUAUAAGCUAGUUAUGAUACAGAGAAAAGGCCUUUAUCAAUGUAGACCAGGUUGAGGUUGAACAUUCAUUAUUGCUCCGCAAGUAGGUAGGCAAUCAUGGAUUCAAUCAAACAAUAAUUACAUAGUGAAACGAAAAGAAACCAAAGAGCAUAUUCAUUGAAAUGUACGCUACAUAUUCAAAGCAUGGGAAGAAGGUUGUCUUGUUUUAGCUUGACCUUGCCUUAACCUUAACACUUAAAAAGCUAUUAGAGUCCUUAUCAAUGAUGCAGUCCAGUGGUAUAUGGGUUGUCCAUUCACCAUGGUCUGGCUCCAUUGAACAGAAAGGUUUCAACCCCCAACCAAUAUCCCUCUGUCACCUGACAAGAGCCACCCACCUCUUCCUGUAUCGACCUGGAUAGUUUCACCUUGUCAAUGCCUUCUGCCUCACAAUGGCGCUCACCUGUACUCGAGUGGAAAUUACAGGACAACAAAAGCAGGAAUCCAAUAUUUCUCUUAACGUAGCCAAGACAUGUUCCUACCAGCGAUAGCAUUCAUCAGUAGCAUUUGUAGUGGUUCAGAGGAAACAGGCUCACACACACACACACACACACACACACACACACACACACACACACAAACACACACACACACAUGCACGCACGCACACACACACACACACACACACACAUUUGGAUGGGAGUGGAGUCCCAUAUUGUUAUUUUUUGUCAAGACUACAAAGUCGUUCAUCAAGUCACAGAAUCCAACCCAGUCAUACGCAUGUGUAGAGGAGGAUAUGCAGUGUUUUUGAUUUGAGAGACCUUUGACAGUGACGACUGUGCAGCAGGGUGACAGGCAAAGCUUUGUGGGUUUAGUGUACGAAGAAAAUCCCAAGGGCAAAGGCCUAGUUGGAAUUUCAAGCAGUCUAAGGGGCUUACAGUAUUACUGGUAGAAGCCUGUCAGUGUGUGGCUAUGAGAGAUGUUCCAGGUCACGUACAUAUUCAGCAUAAAGGAUGCAUAUUCAGCAUAGAGGAUGCAGAGACUGAAGGAACUGCGGCUGCCCAAGGUGCAUACCAAACAUUGUUGUUCACAGACAUGAGCCAAUCCCUGUUCAGUAUAUGAUAUUUUGUUCAUGGUUCAAAGUAUAUCUUAAAAUCCCUCAUUAACCAUUAAUCAGGCAUAUAUAGAUGUUUCACAAACUAUGUACACUACCAUUCAAAAGUUAGGACACGCCUACUCAUUCAAAGGUUUUUCUUUAUUUUUACAAUUUUUUACAUUGCAGAAUAAUAAUGAAGACAUCAAAACUAUUAAAUAAUACAUAUGGAAUCAUGUAGUAACCAAAAAAGUGUUAAACAAAUCAAAAUAUAUUUUAUAUUUGAGAUUCUUCAAAUAACCACCCUUUUCCUUGAUGACAGCUUUGCACACUCUUGGCAUUCUCUCAACCAGCUUCAUGUGGUAGUCACCUGGAAUGCAUUUAAAUUAACAGGUUUGCCUUCUUAAUUUGUGGAAUUUCUUUCCUUCUUAAUGCGUUUGAGCCAAUCAGUUGUGUUGUAACAAGGUAGGGGGGUUUACCGAAGAUAGCCCUAUUUGGUAAAAGACCAAGUCCAUAUUAUGGCAAGAACAGCUCAAAUAAGCAAAGAGAAAUGACAGUCCAUCAUUACUUUAAUACAUGAAGGUCAGUCAAUACAGAACAUUUCAAGAACUUUGAAAGUUUCUUAAUGUGCAGUCGCAAAAACCAUCAAGCGCUGUGAUGAAACUGGCUCUCAUGAGGACCAUAGGAAUGGAAGACCCAGAGUUACCUCUGCUGCAGAGGACAAGUCAGUUACCAGCCUCAGAAAUUGCAGCUCAAAUAAAUGCUUCACAGAGUUCAAGUCAAAGACACAUCUCAACAUCGACUGUUCAGAGGGGACUAUGUGAAUCAGGCCUUCAUGGUCGAAUUGCUGCAAAGAAACAACUACUAAAGGACACCAAUAAGAAGAAGAGACCUGCUUGGGCCAAGAAACACAAGCAAUGGACAUCAGAUAUUCGUACAGUUUUGUUGAAUAGGAAAUACGUCAUAUAAAAUAUUUCAUAUUUUCAUAUUUGUAUCAUAUUUGUACUGUGUACUUGAGCUUGUGUCCUCAAAAGUGACUACAACCUCAGCAAUUUAUGCAAAGAAAUACCAGAAAGGUGAGAUUUUAACCUUUCUUUGAGUAUGCAGCAUUAAUACUUAUUGUUUAUGGCCCUCUCAUUAUAAAUAAUUACUUCAGCGAUUACGUAGAUUACAUUUUAGAUUACAUGUAGUUACAUUUAAGAGGUUUAUAAAGUGUAACAGAUAUUUCUAAUGAUACUUUCCUGAACUAAGGAUGUAAAAUGGAUGACUUAAUUUCUGUAAGUGUGAAACAGCUGCAGUUUGUUUAAACCCAUUAGUUUUUUAUUAUUGACCCAUUAGUCUUGCGCUGGGGUAACAUUUUAUUAAAUACUGUAUUUCAUCUGUAUUUCAUCACACAGGUUUCAGGUGAUCCUUCUCUCCCUCGCUCUCUGUUUUCCCCUCACACAGGUUUCGGUGAUCCUUCUCUACUUGGUCUCUGUUUUCCCCUCACACAGGUUUCAGGUGAUCCUUCUCUACUUGGUCUCUGUUUUCCCCUCACACAGGUUUCAGGUGUUCCUUCUCUACUUGGUCUCUGUUUUCCCCUCACACAGGUUUCAGGUGAUCCUUCUCUACUUGGUCUCUGUUUUCCCCUCACACAGGUUUCAGGUGAUCCUCCUCUACUUGGUCUCUGUUUUCCCCUCACACAGGUUUCAGGUGAUCCUUCUCUACUUGGUCUCUGUUUUCCCCUCACACAGGUUUCAGGUGAUCCUUCUCUCCUUCCUUGGUCUCUGUUUUCCCCUCACACAGGUUUCAGGUGAUCCUUCUCUACUUGUCUCGUUUCCCCUCACACCAGGUUUUCCCCCUCCCCUCACACAGGUUUCAGGUGAUCCUUCUCUCCCUUGGUCUCUGUUUUCCCGUUCCUUUCACAAACAAGACUAAAACAAAUCCCUCCAAAUCCUUGUGUGCCAUGUUCAAGCAGUGAAUGAAACGCCCAGACGUAAAACGACUCGCUAAACUGUCGCCAAGUGCUUACAACAUCAUGGGGGAACGAGGAGAAGAAGGGAAAAACCAACAACAAUCAGUUAGCGUGUCGUUUCAUGCUGCGGCGCCCAAUCCUUUUAAAGCAUGUUCAAGCAGAAUAGCGUUAGCCGAUAACGAGGCUAUCGCGCCGCAGCAGAUGCUAGCCUUCCAAUAAGGGGUUGUCUCCCCUGACAUGGCUUCACAAGCUGGGUUUAUUGACAUGGGGCUCUGGAGACGGGCUAGAGAAUCAGGACUGGCUGUCCACAACAGCAAUGGCCUCCCAAAGGCCCCACAGUAAACACAUCCAAGAGCCUUUCAUCUCCAAGGUUACAACAAUACCCCAUCUACCACAGGGAGCAUCAACCAAAGUACAUCCACACAACACUGUGAACAUAGACAUGGAGAGAAAUGCCAUGAAGCCUAUAGGGUUUAAUGGGGGGAUUGAUUUGUUGAUAGCCCAGGCGGUGAUCAUGGCCAACAGGUUGUACAGUUUAUGCAAAGGUCAUUACUACAACAGUGAACGUAGUGAUAUGUAACCUUGUCUGGUAAUGUUGAGGAGUUGAAGCCACCCAAUGGGUUAGUGUGCAGUUGAUUGCCAUUUGUAAAAGUUUUGUUGUGAAUAGAGCUCCGAGGUAAAAAGAGUAUAGUAGUACUAGUGAUUUAAAAACAUUCAAGACAAUAUUCAAUACUGAAGAGAAAAGAUCUAUCAUCAUACAGAUACCGCUAAACAUAGUAUAAUGAUUUGUUCGUAUUUUUUUCAACAAAUGCAUUCCAAACAGUAAUUGACUAAUAAUACCUAAAAUUCAAUAAAAGGGAGGACAUCUUCUCUACAUGUUAUACAAUAAAAAGGAGGAUAUAUUCUCUGUAUACUCCCCCACGCUUUUCACAUUCUCAGUUUCAUAAAGGAGGAUAUAUUCUCUGUAUAGUCCCCCACGCUUUUCACAUUCUCAGUUUUAUAAAGGAGGAUAUAUUUUCUGUAUACUCCCCCACGCUUUUCACAUUCUCAGUUUCAUAAAGGAGGAUAUAUUCUCUGUAUACUCCCCCACGCUUUUCACAUUCUCAGUUUCAUAAAGGAGGAUAUACAGUUGAAGUCGGAAGUUUACGUACAUUCCCCUUAGCCAAAUACAUUUAAACUCAGUUUUUGACAAUUCCUGACAUUUAAUCCUGGUAGAAAUUCCCUGUCUUAGGUCAGUUAGGAUCACCACUUUAUUUGAAGAAUGUGAAAUGUCAGAAGAAUUGCGAUACAGUGAAUUAUAAGUGAAAUAAUCUGUCUGUAAACAAUUGUUGGAAAAAUUACUUGUGUCAUGCACAAAGUAGAUGUCCUAACCUAACCGACUUGCCAAAACUAUAGUUUGUUAACAAGACAUUUGUGGAGUGGUUGAAAAACGAGUUUUAAUGACUCCAACCUAAGUGUAUGUAAACUUCCGACUUCAACUGUAUUCUCCGUAUACUCCCCCACGCUUUUCACAUUCUCAGUUUCAUUUCAUAGUAAAACUCUCCAGCCUUUGAUGUGUUUAUCGCCAGAAAAAAAUACAGCUGACAAGAUACCUCUCAAAAACAUUUUCAGGGUUUCCAAGCCGUCAUUCUCUCUCUCUUCUGGCAUGUGAAGUAUCACAUUAGUUCAGCCAAGACGAACAGGGUUUCUUUGGUUUCGAAAAUCAAUUUUGCCUUCAAUGACAAGCGGUUUUAUUUGGCUAAUCGUUUUUUCAUGAGAACAUUUAAGAGGUGAUGGCCUCAUAUGAGGACAAUAAAGAAGAUUUCUUUGGUAUGCUUGCCCAGUCAAAAAACAGCUAGAUGGACGGACAGACAGACAGACAGAGAGACAGUGAUGGAUGGACAGACAGCGAAGGCCUUGACAAACAAUUUUGAAUAGAUUGUCAGGAAUGUCACCAUGAGGGCAGAGUUGAAGAUUCCAGUGUUUGACAAGAGUGCGAUUGUUCCUUUUCACUGGCAGGUCUUCCAUAAAACAUUGGAUAGGCAACACUGACCAAAACCCAACAUGAGACAAGUAGGAAGCUCAACUCAAGAUAAUAGGCAAAAAAAAAAACGGCAUAAAUCACCAUUUACCGUCUUGGUAUAACGCUGCUCCCAAGGUUUAUAAUGAGUGUCAAUAGGCUAUCAACACUGCCUGGGAUAUUAACCCUCCGCGCAUAGCCACCACAAAUAUUACAAAACAUACAGUGCCUUCAGAAAGUAUUCACACUCCUUCUUUUUCCACAUGUUGUUGUGUUUGCCUGUGUGCAUGCACAUGUGUGUGUGUGUGUGUGUGUGUGUGUGUGUGUGUGUGUGUAUUUUAUAUGCAGUGUGGGGUGGGUGUGACUGUUAGCCAUACGAUAUUUAACAUCCCGUCCUGUGUAUCCUGAACUGAUCUCAGAGGUAACACUGGCUCGUUUCCUGUUUAUUAUCAGCCCACCCACUCUCCUAUCAAUAUCUGGGUUGUUAAUCCCCUGGAUAGUCUCCCUCUCAGAGAUGCUGAGCUCUAGGCUGCAUAGUGCUGACGCCGGCCCGGUUAGAGGAGAAACGUUAACACUACUGCUACAGCUCCAUAUUCAAAACCAUAUCCCACAAUGUGAAUAGCUUUAGGCCUACUUAUUUUUCUGUGACUUGGAUUUAAAGUACAUCUCAAAGGUCAGAUUCUGGAACCUGAAAUGACCUGCUACCAUCUGGCUUCGAGGCAGCAGCCUGGACACAGAUCUGUUUGUGCGUUUGCCUGUUUGGCGUGACAAUUCCACGGAGUUGGCAAGAGAGCAGAAACAAAUUGACACCCAGGAUAUUGGGGCAGAUGUAACCUAUCAAAUAGUGCUUUUGAGCCCUCUGUAAUGAGUGAGAGUUGCAGGGGUCAUUGUGGGUGCAAGUCAAUGAUUCUACUACACCAUUUGCCUCCAUAUUUAUGAAGCAAAUGUAUGUAAAUGAGUGCCAGUCACAAACAGAAACUGUCAUGUUUUUACAUUGCAUGAACAAGAUGGCACCCUAAAAAAAAAAUGCAAAUAUGGGAAGUCACUGUGGGAAUCCAUGGUUCAGAAGUACCAUAGACAAUUAAAUACAAAUUAUUAAAAUAUGAUAUUAACAUCUUAAUAUCUUAUUUGAAAAGCAAAUAUCUACUCUAGUUUCCGACAUAAUCUCGUAUCCUAAUCCAAAGAAAUAACAGGCCCAGUGGGGGCCAGUAACAGGGUCACUGUGGCGAUUGCGUGUAUGCUGACAAGUGUUCUUGAUGGGUUAAAAACCUGACUGUGUCUGCGUUUGAAUUUGAAUUUGAGUGACUGUGUGUGUGUGUGUGUGUGUGUGCGCGCGCGCGCGCACGUGUGUGUGUGUGUGUGUGAGAGAGAGAGAGAGAGAGAGAGAGAGAGAGAGAGAGAGAGUUUUGGGGGUGGUCCAGACAUUCAGUCCCUGUGUAGCGUACCUCACACACAUACACGCACACUGCCUCCACGCAUCAGUUCAGAUAAACCAGAGUUCGCGAUGGAUGCAGUGCACGAAGCUUCCACUUCUUUCAUUUGAAUCACAUAUUUUUUCGGUGUAGGGUGUUUCCCGACACUAUUCGGUUUUGUAAAUGGUUUCUUAAGUGUGAAUACUCAUGGAUCUAUUGCGCACGGAUCUAUUCCACUUCUUUCUCCGCUAUCCCAAUGGCAGAAGCGGGGACAAAGCCGAGGAGCGUACGGUGGAUACCGCUUUAGUAGAAACCAGACCGGUUGUCUGUGAUUGGAAAUAUCGCACGGCUGCUGCUUUUCUUUGCGAUUGAAGGCAGUCCUUAAACACAGCCGCCAAUAAGGUAACUAGGCUAUCCUGUGGAAACAGACGUGUUCGAUGUGUUUCCCUUAUAUUAUGCUAUCUAAUUGCAGCAGGGUGGGUUAAUUUAAAACAUGUCCCAAUAUAUGGAUAAAGUUAUUGUUUUACAAAUAUUCAAUCCAUGCCUUCCAUUAUGUUUGGAUAGUUGGUUGUGGUGCAUGGGUUGUUUAUAUUUAGCAUUUAUGCAUAAAAGAAGCCUACCCUGCGUCCCCCCGCGCGCACAGACGGACACAAACCGUUAGAUCUGUCGGUAGACAUUACCUGCCAGUCGCAUGCUGUUUAAAGCAUCACUUUUCUACAUGUGCCUCAAUUAUUCCAACCACAUAGUGGCAAAGUGGCGUUUAAUGCGUUGUUACAAUUAUAAUAGGCUAUGCACACUUAUCAUGGUCUUAUUUCUUAUUAGAUUGGGCUACUUGCUCAAUCGGCAAUCCGAUUGAGUCGGUCAGAGAAAUAACCUGGGCUAUAGGUAUCUCUAUCUACAGAAUAAAUGAAUUGAUGCUUAGGCCUACCAUUCAUUUGACUUAUUUAGCAAAAAUGUUAUGUCCUACAUUUCUCAGUUCUGUAGUGAUAUGGGAUAGAGGGAGCAUUGUGAUAUUUUGACAUUUCAAAGUUCAUUUAGGCCUAUAGUUUCGAAUAAAGUCAUUGGAUAUUAAAACUCUAUAUUUAUCAGCAAAGCAUUUGGGUUUUAGUUCCCAAUGUGGAUGUCCAGGCAGCGAUGUGAUUUUCAAAUUCGGUGAAAUUCGGUUGAGGUGGAAUCAGAGCAGAACUGAGCACUCUUUCAGAGUAGCCUGACUCAGCUAAUGAUGAUUAAUGUUGAAUGUAGUGACUGACUACCAUUCAGACAGACAACAUUUUUGUACAGAAAUACAAAGGCAUUUAUCCUACAUAAUAUAUCACUUCCACACAAAGCCUUUUGAAUUGUCAUGUUAAUUCAUAUUUUAAACGAAUUCCCCCUUUAUAUGACAUUCAUUAAAACUAUCAAACGUUAUGCUACUGUGGAUGGUUUAUAUGUCUUUGUGAAUGAUUUUCUGCACUCACAUCUACACAGACACAUUAUUUCACUUACAAAAGCUGGCUGGUCAGAGAAACAAUUAAUUUGGAUUUAUAUUUCUGGCUACUUGAUAUGACAUCUCUCUCUCUUCUCUCUCUCUCUCUCUCUCUCUCUCUCUCUCUCUCUCUCCUCUCUCUCUCUCUCUCUCUCCCUGCCUUUAAGGCAGAGAAUAGUGGAGGGUGAACUAACGGUACAUUAGUGAUUGAACAUUCAGUGGACAUAAGAUACUUUUGAUAUCAGCUUAUUCAGUGGAAGCAACAAGCCACAACAGAGGGAAAGCCAUCUGGCACAUCACUGGAGGUCACAUAGAAAGCAGAGGCACAGGAUACACCGCACUGACACAGAAUACACUGCACUAACACAGAAGCAACUGCACUGACACAGAAUACACUGCACUGACACAGAAUACACUGCACUGACACAGAAUACACUGCACUGACACAGAAUACACUGCACUGACACAGAAUACACUGCACUGACACAGAAUACACUGCACUGACACAGAAUACACUGCAUGACAAGAACCUGCACUGACACAGAACACUGCAUGACACAGAAUACACGCACUGACACAAGUAAUACACGCACUGACAAGAUACACCGCACUGACACAGAAUACACGCACUGACACAUCAAUACACUGCACUGACUACAGAAUACACUGGCUGACACAAAUACACUGCCGACACAGAAUGCACUUGCGCUGACUACAGAAUCACUGCGACUGACACAGAAUGACAGCUGGCUGACACAGAAUGCACUGCCUGACACAGAAGUGAAUCCUGCCUGACACAGAACACUGCGUGCGUCCUGGGCACAGAAUGCACUGCCUGACACAGAAUACACGCGCUGACCAGAAUACACUGCGUGACAACGCCAUCCGGACUCUCACCUCCAAGCCCUUCCAGCUCUGCCCCGUGCCAAGCCCCCAGAACUGUGGCCUCCUGGGGGCCCCGAGACAGAGUCCCCCAUCGAGGGGCGGGCCGGCUGCGACGACUACCCCUACUUCAGCUUCAACACCUCCCGUAAGACCCACAUCAUGGUGCUGGCUACAACGCGCAGCGGCUCCUCCUUCGUGGGCCAGCUGCUCAACCAGCAUGCCGACAUCUUCUACCUAUUCGAGCCCCUCUACCAUGUGCAGACCACGCUGAUCCCUCGGCUAUCUCACAGCCGCAACGCAGCCGACCGCAGGGUGAUGCUGGGUGCCAGCCGCGACCUCCUGCGGAGCCUCUACGGCUGCGACCUCUACUUUCUAGAGAGCUACAUUAAGCCGGUGCCGGCCAACCACACCACGGAUAAGCUGUUCCGCAGAGGGGCCAGCCGGGCGCUAUGCUCGCAGCCCGUGUGUGACGCCUUUGGCCCCUCCGACGCCAAUGUGGAGGAGGGUGACUGCGUCAAGAGGUGCGCCGCCCUCAACAUGACCCUGGCGGCCGAUGCCUGCCGCGAGAAGCGGCAUGUGGCAAUCAAGGUUGUGCGUGUGCCGGAGAUCGGGGACCUGCGGGCACUUGUGGAGGAUCCGCGGCUGAACAUCAAGGUUAUCCAGUUGGUGCGCGACCCUCGCGGGAUCCUGUCGUCGCGGAUCGAGACUUUCCGGGACACCUACCGUCUGUGGAGGAUCUGGAGGGCCACAGGGCGGAGGCCAUACAACCUGGACCUCAGCCAGCUGACAAUGGUUUGUGAGGACUUCCUCAGCUCUGUGUCCACAGGGCUCAGCCACCCCCACUGGCUCAAAGGGAAGUACAUGCUGGUGCGUUACGAGGAUCUGUCCAGGAACCCUCUGCUGAAGACCAUGGAAAUAUAUGACUUCCUGGGUCUGCCGAUGGACAAGAGCGUGGAGGAGUGGAUACAGGCCAACACAAGGGGCAGCACCGAGCUGUCGGCCAAACACAAGUAUGGUACGGUGAGAGACUCAGCGGCCAACGCCGAGAGCUGGCGCUUGAAACUGUCCUAUGACAUGGUGGAGUACACGCAGGCGACAUGCCAGAAGGUUCUACACCAACUGGGCUAUAAGGCAGUGAAGUCAGCAGAGGAACUGAAAAACAUGUCGCUCUCACUCGUGCAGGACAAAACUUUUGUACCUUUUUCGUAA